AUGGACGUGGACGUGGACGUGGACGUGAACGUGGUCGUGGACAUGGACGUGGACGUGGACGUGGACAUGGACGUAGACGUGGACGUUGACGUGGUCGUUGACUUGGACGUGGAGGUGGACGUGGACGUGGUCGUGGACGUGGACGUGGACGUGGACGUGGACGUGGACAUGGACGUGGAUAUCGACGUGGACGUGGACCUGGACAUGGUCGUGGACGUGGUCGUGGACGUGGACGUGGUCGUGCACGUGGACGUGGACGUGGUCGUGGACGUGGACGUGGACAUGGACGUGGACGUAGUCGUGGACGUGGUCAUGGACGUGGAGGAUUUGGACGUGGAGGACUUGGACGUGGACGUGGACGUGGACGUGGACGUGGUCAUGGACGUGGAGGACUUGGACAUGGACGUGGACGUGGACGUGGUCGUGGUCGUGGACGUGGUCGUGGACGUGGACGUGGUCGUGGACGUGGUCGUGGACGUGGACGUGGUCGUGGACGUGGUCGUGGACGUGGACGUGGACGUGGUCGUGGACGUGGAGGACUUGGACGUGGAGGACUUGGACACAUGGUCGUGGACCUUGACGUGGACGUGGUCGUGGUCGUGGACGUGGUCGUGGACGUGGACAUGGACGUGGACGUGGACGUUGACGUGGACGUGGACGUGGACAUGGACGUGGACGUGGACGUGGUCGUGGACAUGGACGUGGACGUGGACGUGGACGUGGACGUGGGCGUUGACGUGGGCGUGGACGUGGACGUGGACGUGGACGUGGGCGUUGACGUGGUCGUGGACGUGGUUGUGGACGUGGACGUGGACGUGGACAUUGAUACGUGGACGUGGACAUGGACGUGGUCGUGGACAUGGACGUGGACGUGGACGUGGACGUGGUCGUGGACGUGGACGUGGACGUGGACGUGGACGUGGACGUGGACGUGCACGUGGACGUGGACGUGAACGUGAACGUGGACGUGGACGUGGACGUGAACGUGAACGUGAACGUGAACGUGGACGUGGACGUGAACGUGGACGUGGACGUGGACGUGAACGUGAACGUGGACGUGCACGUGCACGUGGACGUGAACGUGAACGUGGACACAUGGUCGUGGACCUUGACGUGGACGUGGUCGUGGUCGUGGACGUGGUCGUGGACGUGGACAUGGACGUGGACGUGGACGUGGACAUGGACGUGGACGUGGACGUGGACGUGGACGUGGACGUGGACAUGAACGUGGAUGUGGACAUGGACGUGGAUGUGGUCGUGGUCGUAGACGUGGACGUGGACGUGGACGUGAACGUGUACGUGGACGUGGAGGACGUGGAUGUGGAGGACGUGGACGUGGACGUGGAGGACGUGGACGUGGACGUGGACGUGGACGUGGUCGUGGACAUGGAGGUUGACGUGGACGUGGACGUGGUCGUGGACGUGGAGGUUGACGUGGACGUGGACGUGGUCGUGGACGUGGAGGACUUGGACGUGGACAUGGAUGUGGACGUGGACGUGGACGUGGACGUGGACAUGGUCGUGGACGUGGACGUGGACGUGGACGUGGACGUGGACGUGGACAUGGACGUGGACGUGGACGUGGACGUGGACGUGAACGUGGACGUGGACGUGAACGUGAACGUGAACGUGAACGUGAACGUGGACGUGGACGUGAACGUGGACGUGGACGUGGACGUGAACGUGGACGUGAACGUGAACGUGGACGUGCACGUGCACGUGGACGUGAACGUGAACGUGGACGUGAACGUGGACGUGGACGUGGACGUGGUCGCGGACGUGGACUUGGACGUGGACGCGGACGUGGACAUGAACGUGGAUGUGGACAUGGACGUGGAUGUGGUCGUGGUCGUAGACGUGGACGUGGACGUGGACGUGAACGUGUACGUGGACGUGGAGGACGUGGAUGUGGAGGACGUGGACGUGGACGUGGAGGACGUGGACGUGGACGUGGACGUGGACGUGGUCGUGGACAUGGAGGUUGACGUGGACGUGGACGUGGUCGUGGACGUGGAGGUUGACGUGGACGUGGACGUGGUCGUGGACGUGGAGGACUUGGACGUGGACAUGGAUGUGGACGUGGACGUGGACGUGGACGUGGACGUGGACAUGGUCGUGGACGUGGACGUGGACGUGGACGUGGACGUGGACGUGGACAUGGACGUGGACGUGGACGUGGACGUGGACGUGGACGUGAACGUGGACGUGGACGUGAACGUGAACGUGAACGUGAACGUGGACGUGGACGUGAACGUGGACGUGGACGUGGACGUGAACGUGGACGUGAACGUGAACGUGGACGUGCACGUGCACGUGGACGUGAACGUGAACGUGGACGUGAACGUGGACGUGGACGUGGACGUGGUCGCGGACGUGGACUUGGACGUGGACGCGGACGUGGACGUGGACGUGGACGUGAACAUUGAUACGUGGACGUGGACGUGA